AUUAUUGAUAUUUUGGAUUCGGCCAGUGCGAACAAGGAAAACUAUCGAAAGAUUAUGGAUGCCACAUUGUCCUGCAUGCAUCAUUUGCAUGCCCCGGAACAAGUGAUGGAUAAAGUCCGAACAUGGUUUAUGUACAAUUGGGAACAACAGAAGACAUUUGGAAAAAAUCGUCGUACAGCCGACGUUCGAUCAAAAGGAUUCUCAACUCUGUUCAGUUUGUCCAAACAAGACUUUGAGGAGAUCAUGAAAAACUAUCCACAAGCGCACCAGUUAUUGAAAAAGCGAUCCCAACGAAUGCUGAACAGAGAUAAGAAGAAAGCAAAAGAGGCAGAGAAAGCUCGCCGGACACGUGAGGAGAAAGAGGAUGCGGAGUUGCCAGAAGAUGAGGUGGUCGAAGUGAUUCCCGAAAGACCACCAACACCGCGUCUGAUGGACACCGUUGUUCAGGUAAGCCACGAGAAUGGCAAUGAUUUGGAAAAGGGAUCAGCCUGA